AUCAUAAAAGAACUGCAGCGCCCUCUGUAAAAACGUAUAUAUGUUGUAUAAUUUAUUAUUUAAAUAAAAUAUGAAAGUGUUUAUAAAAUUUUGCUCGCCAGUAACUUUAAAAUAUGCAUAAUUUAUGUAAAUAUUUACUUACUGUGAUGAACUUUACAUUUAUUCUAUUUUAUUAAAACAGGGAUUUUAGUUUUCUUUAUAAAUUUAGGACCUAACAUGAUAAUUCAAGAGCCUGUCCAGGCUGCUGUGUGGCACGCCUUAAACCAUUAUGCUUAUGAAGAUGCUAUUUUUAUAGCAGAAAGGCUUUAUGCUGAAGUGAACACAGAUGAUGCUUUGUAUUUAUUGGCAACAUGCUACUAUAGAGCUGGAAGAACAGGCGCUGCCUAUUCUGUAUUAAAGCGUAAAGGUUGCCAUAGUCCUCAGUGUCGCUUUCUAUUUGCUAGAUGCUGUGUGGAUUUAAAAAAGUUCUCUGAGGGAGAAUUUGCUAUUGCUGGCAACGCCCUUGCGAAAACUAAGAAUCUAGAUGAUAUUGUAACUGAUUUUGGUGAUAUUGCUUCUUUUGCUGUACAAUUAUUAGGUCACAUAUGCUAUAAGACUUCAAGAUUUACAAAAGCAGCUGAGGCUUAUAGGAAAAGCUUGAAACUGAAUCCCUUCUUAUGGUCUUCAUUUGAAUCUCUUGUAAAUUUAGGGGAAAAACCAGACCCAUCCAAAAUUUUUAGCAUUACUAAUGUGGAGCACCUCUCAAUGUGUCAUGGCACAAAUCCAUUAGUAAAUUUAGUGAAUAAAACUCCAGUGCCAAACACAAUUAACUACAUCAAAGAUACUCCUAACAUAUGCAAUGAUAUUAUCCAAGACUCUAGUCAACUAUCUAAUAAGCUUGGUGGUAUUCCUGGAUCGCCAAUAACAUCAGUUUAUAGUGGACAAACUCCACUGGCAGCUUUAAUUUUAAAGUCAACUCCAGAAAUGAGCAUUGAAUUGUUCACUCCAGAAAAUUCAAUUGUACCUUUUCCCAACAACUUAGCGAAGAAUGCCAAAAAGAUAGCUAAAAACAAUCGGAAUUUAUUUGGCAGUCAGAAUACUGUUUCCCCUAUUACUCCCAGCUUUGGAAUCUUACCAUUUUCUUCACCUAAUACAAUUCAAGAUCAUGAUAUUCAGGGAUCUGAAAAGGGAAGUUUGAAAAAGCCUCCCAUGACUAGAAGAAGUCAAGAUAUAAAUCCUCCACCCAAGUUGCAAAUCUUUAGUCAGUCUGGCAAUAAUAACAACAGUAAUCAAAAUAUAUCACAGACACCCCAAACAAGUUUGUCGCCUGUUCCCUUGAGUCAUGUUAGAAGAAGUUCAAGGCUCUUCAGCAGUUCAAAUUCUGUGAAAGAGAACAACAAAAGCUCAACGAGGAGUAGAUUCAUAUCUGCAAAAACCCCAGCAAAAAAGCCAAAAGCACGUACAACAAGAGCUCCGAUCACUGAGCCACAGAAGGAAAGUGAACUGAAUGAAAUCAACAAAUCUGAAAUCCAGUCUGAAAACAAGCUCUCCAGUUCUGCAACAAUCAUACAGACUGCUCUAAAUUUGCAAAGGGAAUCUGCUGAGGGUUUGAUGACACUUCUCCAAGAAAUGGGAAAGGCACAGUUAUACCUGGGACAUUAUUGUUGUAGAAAAACUAUUGAUGUUCUUAAUAGUCUUCCUCCUCAACAUCAUACAACUGGUUGGGUACUCACCACUUUAGGAAAGGCUCACUUUGAACUUGCAGAAUACAGCAUGGCUAUACAAAAGUUUGAAGAAGUUCGGCGUUUGGAGCCCCAUCGUGUACAGGGUAUGGAAUACUACAGCACUGCUUUAUGGCAUUUACAAAAGGAAGUUGCUCUUUCUACUCUGGCUCAAGAGCUGACUGACUUUGAUAUUAAGUGCCCCCAGACAUGGUGUGCAGCUGGUAAUUGUUUUAGUCUUCAGAAAGAACAUGAAACUGCCAUUAAAUACCUUCAAAGAGCUGUUCAAGUUGAUGAAAACUUUUCAUAUGCUUAUACUCUCUUGGGGCAUGAGUAUGUUAUGACGGAAGAAAUGGACAAAGCCAUGACCUGCUUCCGUAAUGCUAUCCGAAUAGAUCCCCGACAUUAUAAUGCAUGGUAUGGUGUUGGCAUGAUUUAUUAUAAACAAGAAAAGUUUCAACUUGCAGAAGUUCAUUAUAGAAAAGCUUUGGCUAUAAAUCCUCAGAGUUCUGUUCUAAUGUGCCAUAUUGGAGUGGUUUUGCAUGCUUUAAAGAAAAUGGAUGCAUCCUUAGCUACUUUAAAUAAGGCUAUAGCUAUGGAUCCAAAAAAUCCUUUGUGCAAAUUUCAUCGAGCUUCUGUUUACUUUUCUCUGGAUAGGCAUGAGGAAGCUUUAGAAGAUCUAGAAGAACUAAAAGAAAUAGUCCCCAAAGAAUCUUUAGUUUAUUUCUUAAUUGGAAAAGUUCAUAAAAAGUUAGGCAACACACAUUUAACUCUGAUGAACUUCUCAUGGGCGACUGAUCUUGAUCCCCGAGGUGCUAAUAACCAAAUAAAAGGUGCUAUAGACAAACAAUACACCAAUGAUGAAGAAGAAGUUGCAGCUGAUGAAGAACGAAGAUAUGGCAGAGCCAGCGUAAGUUCAGGUGUUGCUGACCAUGAAUCUUCACACGAUGGUUCUGCGGCCGAUGCGGAGGGUGAAGAUAUCCGAUUGCAGGCGAUGGAGAGUGACGAGAGUUUCUGAGAUGCUUAAUGAAAGAAAAUAUAAUAAACAUUAACCUUUUCUAGAAUUCCCGUGUGUCUCUCUCUCUCUCUUUCUUAUACUCUUGAAUCCAGUUGUGUUACGUAAAGAUAUGAACUUUGUAAAGCUUUAUUGGUCAUAAUGAAUUUUUGCUUUUGCCUGUAGUUGAUUUCUAUUAUAUGCUUAUCCAGAAAUUCAUAAAUAAAUUGAAUUUGUUUUGUCUCCGGCUGGAUUCAAGUACUUGUGAUAUGGAACAAACAAAAAAAAAAUGGUGAAGUGACUGUAAUAUACUUAGAACUUUUUUGUACAGCAUUUGUUUUUCUUUUAUUUCCUUUGCAAUCACGAUAUACCAACCCUUUGUGAGAGGAUUAUUACCCUUUGUUGUACAGGAUUAUCUGAAACAAAAAAUGUAAUAUAUAUAUUUUCCCCCUCUAUGAUUGUUAUAAUGGCAUCAUUGUUGAGUGUUUUGCAUGCAAACUCAGUGGCAGAUAGUUUGUGUAUUUUGAGUUUGUUUCAACGAUAUAUUAUAUUUUUUAUUGUAUGAGUUAUCAGUGAAUCAAAUCUGUGUUUUAAAUUAUUGAUUUUUUUCCCAUCGUUUAAAUGCAUUGAUCACUUUAUUUUGUUGCUAUUUAAUUGUAAAAAAUGUAAAAAUAUAUUAAAUUGAGUGACAUUUAA